CUUUGCGGCACCCUUACAGCGUCGUCAUACACGAUUCAUACAUGUCGCGCACAUAUUGCAGGGCGUGCGGCGUGUUACGGCGUCUCCGUAGGUCGAUUGGAUGGAAGGUUGUCGCGCAUUCUGGGGAGGAUAAAAGGGGCCUGACUGACCACUAGGGCAUCAUUCUUGCUGUGACUACCUGACUGACCAGCCUCUCUCACCCAGCGACGCUCGCCCAGCCACUCUCGCCCAGCGACGCCCUCUCUCGCCCAGCGACGUUCACCCAGGGACGCUGCCCCACGGACGCUGACCCAGGGGCGUUCACCCAGCCACUCUCGCCCAGCGACGCUCACCCAGCCAAUCUCGCCCAGCAACGCCCUCUCUCGCCCAGCGACGUUCACCCAGGGACACUGCCCCACGGACGCUGACCCAGGGGCAUUCACCCAGCCACUCUCGCCCAGCGACGUUCACCCAGCCACUCUCGCCCAACGACAUUCACCCAGGGACGCUGCCCAUGCACGCUGACCCAGGGGCGUUCACCCAGCGACGUUCACCCAGCGACAAUCACCCACGUGAGCACACCCAAGGACGCCUGCCCAGUGACGUUCUCUUGGCGAUGUUGUCCACGAGUGCUCACACAGGGACGUCUACCCAGCGACGUUCUCCCAGCGACGUUGACCUACAUGCGUGCUCACCCAGGGACGCCUACCCAGUGACGUUUGCCCAGCCACGUGACACGAUGCCCCUACGGAAGACCACCCCCAGGCCUACCAAGCAGUCCCAGGACACUCAGGAUAGCCAGGACACCCAGGACAUGCAGCCUUCUCAACGGUCGGAGACCUCGGAACAUGAGGAAGAGCUGAACAUUGAGCCGACCGUAUCCAUUGUGGAAUCCCAGGACAUCGCAGGCCCGAGUGGUAUCCUCGUGCAGCCGAAGAAACGCUACCGCCCCAGCAAGGACAUUCAAGACUACCCGUUCACGCCAGAGGACAAGGAAGUCAUUGUGGAAUUCAUCAAGACCCACCCUACCUUGUACGACAAGCGGGACAGGCAAUGGUCGAAUCCCAGGAGGAAGGAGGAACUCUGGCGUGAACUGGCAGCUAGUUUCAUUGACUGCAGCUUCCAACAAGUCCGCAAGUUCUUCGAGGCUCGCCGAACAGACUUCGGCAAGAUCGAGAAGCGUGAAUACAAGAGCAGGUCGGCUGCACGGAGCAGGACACCAUGGGAGGAGGAGGUGAUGACCACGUGGGCAUUCCUGAGAGGACACAUCACCCACGAACCCACAGUAGCCAGCAAUCAGUUCUCGCCUAUAUCAUCGCAGAGAACCAACGCAGACGAUUCCUCUACAGACAUGUCGGGCCUAUCAGUUGCUUCAAUCCAGCGGAGGAGGCGGCUGAAGCAGAAGAGAGCGACGAACCUGCCAGAGGACCGACGGCUAUCCACCGACAUGUCAGUUGACUCUACAGAAGGCCUGCAGACUCAACUGACACAGAUUAUGACCAGCAUAAACACACUGAUGCCACAACCGCAGGACAACACACACCGUGACAUUGCUGUGUUUGUGCAGUACCUGAUGCAGUGCUUGGAGUACGUGCCUCGAAGAUACCAGAAGCCAUUCUUCGAGCAAGUCAUCAGGCUGUGUCAUAGUUUGGAGGGGCCCGAGGAAGAGAUUGCGGCGACGAAAGAGGCCUUGGCUCGUGAUGGUUUUUCCCACUGGACGCCCCUGCGAAUUGAUAAGGAGACGCAGACAAAACCUGGGACUUCGACACCUUCUGCAAUGCAACCAGUUCGGGCAUCACCACAGCAGUGGUUCGCGUCUCAACCCCAACCUCUGUUUUUUUAUGAUCCGCACCUCCAACACCAGCCUCAGCCGCAGCAGCAGGUAUACCUCAUGGGUAUGCAACUCCGGCGCCAAGGCUAGGCACACCGCCAUUCUUCCCCAGUGGACGUUCGACACCACUCAACUUCUCCCCUCGACCUUCCACUUCUUCGAUGUUGCCGAUGGUACAUAGUCUCUUGGCAGACUUGCGGCCCACUACCCCUGGCACCAGUAUUUCGACACCGAAACCUUCUGCCGUAGAGGAUCCACCCACCUACGACUUGACCAU